AUGACGUCCUUCAACGAUAUUCUUCUGCUUCUAGCCUCUUUAUUAGCAGCGGCGAACUGCGCGGCGAAUUGCACAUCGAAAGGCGAAUUCUCAUGCUUCUCGUGCAUGGGCCGCGACAUGGAGAACUGCGAGUCGGGAUUGACGUGCUGCCAAGGAGCGUGCUUCAAACUCGAGGAUAUUAAGCACAACGUCAUCGUGAAAGGCUGCGUGAACACGAAAGAGGAAGACGCGUCGAUGAAGGUGCGCGAGCUGCAAGUGCCGCUCUACUGGGCCAACAAGGAGCUAGUCAAAGGCGAGUCGUACUUCUGCACCGGCAAAGACUUUUGCAACUCAUCGCCAACACUCUCCUCAAUCAUCCUCGCCAUUACCUCAGCGCUCUUCGCCAUCAUCCUCUACUAG